AUGUCUGCCGUUGCUAAAUCUGUUUCCUCCAAGUUGGACUGGGCCAAGGUUGUCUCCACCUUGGGCCUCACCGGCUCCACCGCCGCCUCCUUGACCGCCUUCAAGAAGAGAAACGAUGAAGCCAAGAGAUCCAUCGUCGAAUUGUCCACUCAGGCCACCCAGGUUGACUUUGCCCACUACAAGUCCGUCUUGAAGAACCAGCAGAUCGCCUCUGAGAUCGAGUCUGCCUUUGCUGCCUUCAAGCCAGUCACCUACGACGUCUCCAAGCAGUUACAGACCAUCCAGGAGUUCGAGGCCAAGGCUGUUGAAAACGCCCAGGCCACCGAAGCUGUUGUCGCCAAGGAAUUGGCUGACUUGAAGAAGACUUUGUCCAACAUUGAGGAAGCUACUCCAUUUGACCAAUUGACCGUUGAAGACGUUGUCAAGGCCGUCCCACAGAUCGACGACAAGGUUGCCCACAUGGUUAAGCAGGGGCAAUGGUCCCUCCCAGGCUACAGAGAGAAGUUCGGUAACCUCAACGUUAUGUAA